GAGCUCGGUUCCCUUGGCAGCCCCGGCAGCCGCAGCGAGCGGGAAGAGGGGACGGAGCGCAAGCUUGCCCGUCCAGGCAGCUCCGGGAUGUCGCCUCUCCCCUCGCCGCCGCCGCUCUUGGCACCGCGUGCCGUGCAGCUGGCCCCGAGCUCGCUGGCUCUGGUGUUGCGCCGCUUGCCGCCCCCGGCAGAAGUGGGGCCACAAGAGGCAGCGGCAGCCCCGGACCAGCCCGUGCCCGACGACGACGAGAAGGCGGCGGUAGAGGACGACGAGGAGGAGGAGGAGGACGCGGGCGGCACCGCCGUCUUCCAGGCGUUCCGGCGCGCCAACGCCGCCUGCUACUGGAACGCCGGGCUGGUGCGCGCCGUGGCGCGGGUCCGGCUGCAAGGCUGGCUGAGGGGGGGCGUGCUUUUGCUGCAAGGCCCCGCCGCCCCUCUGCAGCUCCUCCGCGACGCUUGGCUCCGGAGGGCGCUGCGCCCGCCGAAGGGCUUCCUCAUCAGAGCUGUGGGUGAUGUCUCUCCAGUGCACAUGAAUCCUAUUUCACAAUCCCAGUUUGUUCCUUUGGCAGAAGUCUUGUGUUGCACUAUAUCUGAUAUGAAUGCGGCUCAUAUUACUGUUACACAGGAAACCUUACUGGAUCAGCUGGGGAAACAUUACCCAGGUAUUGCAACUCCUACACAUGAUAUUCUCUACAGCACACUUGGAUUGUUAAUUAAAGAACGGAAAAUAUAUCACACUGGAGAAGGAUACUUCAUAGUGACCCCUAACACCUAUUUUAUCUCCAAUAAUGAUAUGUGGAUCAACAAGAGAGUCCUGCUGGAAGAUAGUUGCCCUCCAGAGGCGUCUGUCACGUAUCUUGUCAGCAUGGAGGAUGCUGAACCUGAGCAAGACAAUUUGCCUGCCGCAUCUCACUGCAGGUCCUGUCACUGUUUCCUUGAGCACAUCACAGGAGGUGAAAAAAGAUUUCCUCAGUUAGUUAGGCAAAAAUCUAAGGGGAAAAGUCAAAAGGGAUCAUGUGAAUCCAGAUUCUCCGUUCAAAAACCAGCCUGUGAUACAUCUGCUGGCAACCAUUCUUGUGAAACUGCUCACUCUGGACAGUUAAUGAAGGAAAAGGAGAAAGUGAAAAAAUUUGGGCUUAGCCUUUUCUGGCGUAACACUUCAAAGAAAGGAAAACCUAAAAAAGUGCACUCUUCAUUUUCUGCCCAGUUUCCUCCUGAAGAAUGGCCAGUCAGGGAUGAAGAUAAUUUAGAUAACAUUCCACGUGAUGUUGAACAUGAAAUUAUCAAGCGCAUCAACCCUGUACUAACUGUGGACAACUUAAAUAAACACACUGUACUGAUGCAGAAGAUAGAGGAACAGAAGAAAUAUAUAAGUAAAGGAACGUCUACAGAAGUGUUGACAAUGAAGCACAAACAUGUUUCUAAGGGAUGCACCCAGAAAAAACAAAAUAGGCCGGCAAAGCAUUACAGGAAAAUCCAUUCUAACAAAGAAAAACAGAUCCCUAAGGCAAAGAAAGAAUUUAAAAGUAAUGAGCUCAUUCCAGUGCAUGGCAAAUUGGAUAACACUGUUGAACAUCCAUUCUCCUGUACCACAAAUGAAGCUACAGUUUGCAGUAAACCGUUUUGUGAGGAUGCAGUAGACACCACAUCACACUUUAUAUACAAAAGAGAAAUUAACAAUCCAUUUCAAGAUAUUCCAUGUAGAGGAAAUAAGUCAACAAAAGAACGUAAAAGUCAGAAAAAAUGUGACAGAAAGUCCAGAACUCCUAGAUCAGAAAUGACUUCUCGAAGGUCCCAGUCUUUGGAUUCCUCAAGAACUGCACACUGUAAAGCCAAACAAUCAUUUGCUGCCAAAUAUGAUGUUGAAGCAGACAAAAAGAAACAGCUAAACUGCUCCCAAUGCCAGGUUUCACAAGCGGAUAGCAAAUACUGGAGAGAAAGGGAAAAUUGUAAACAUAAUUUGCAUGGAGGGGCAAAACCACCACAUGCAGUGAAGGUCCAGGUGGUUCCUGACAUUGGAGGAAUAGAAAAGAAGUAUACACAGAAUUCCAGCCAUACCUACCAGUGCAAACUAACGGGUGUUUACAACUUGCUGGGUCAAAAUUCAGAUCAUCUGCAAAACGUUUGUCUUCCCAGUGAAGCAGAUACUGCUCAGCAAUUUAACCAACCCGAAAAUACUGUUGCUCAGAGGAAAAAUAAUCAUUUAAAGAGUGAACUAGACUCUGAUAAUACCAGUAAAUGGCUCGAAUCUUUUAACUCGCAGUGUAAAGGAUUCAUUUGUGAUGAAGAGAUUCUGGGUCAGAAAAUGGAUAAUGGGGAUGCUUGCAGUUCUGUGUAUCAUGAUGAUGAACAAAAACAACAUGGGGAGUUGUCCAAGUUACAGACCAUCCAAGUCCCAUGUAGUUCUCCAGAUACAGGGAAGUGGAGCAGCACAGAGCAAGAGACAAGUCCUAGAGUUUUAGGAAACAGAACCAGUUUCCCAGGAUGCAGAACUGAUCUGGAUGAGGCUGAUAAGGGCAAGCAGGAAAAAAAUGAAUUUCUUAUUAGUUCAAAGGAUAGCUUACAGGAGUAUCAGAACAUGAACCUUGAAGGAGAAGGUUGUGUGUGCCAACAGGUACCUGAGUUUCCUUACAAAAACCGUGACGAGGAAGGGGAUGAUUAUGAUCAUGAGCAGACAUCAGCUAUGACUGAACCCUGUGCAUUUGCCUUCUAUGACGUUCAUGAAGCAGAGACCAGAAUUUGGCAGAAGUCAAUAAAUGAAUUGGGUGGGAAAUCAGCACCUUUCACACAGUCACCAAAAUGCUGGGAAAUUAAGGCAAACUUUGAAAUAAAGCAGCGGGCACUUGAUAGCACAAACAAUGCUACCGUUUUCGAACAGAGAGCCCAGCAUGAGCAAAAUCACUUGGAAGGAACAGGGAACCACAGCAUCACAGGAGACAGUGGAAUAGAUUCUCCCAGAACUCCAAGCAUGGGAUCUGCUAGUUCUGCCAUUUUGGAUGGACUGAAGAAAAGGAGGAGCUUUCUCAUGAAUUUGGAGGGCAUCGAGAAGACCAUAAAGACUGGUGGAAGAUCCCUUACACAAAAUUCCUUGCUUCAGUUGACUCCAGUCAUGAACGUCUGAUUCUUUCUUCUGACAAAGUUUUGGGAAUUCCUUUGUUAAUAUGUUAAUACAUUUACUGUAAAUAUCUUAAGCUAUCAAACACCUGAAGUAGAUGAUAGUAUACUCUUUUCAUAAUCUGCAUGCUUUUUUAAAUAAAUGUUUUUCAGUGUCCUUUUUCUAUUAUAUUGUGUUAAUGCUUCUUGUAUUGCAAAAAAUAAUAGACUAAAGUUAUAAAUAAUGUUUGUCUUCAUAACUCAUACAUGAUCCAAAAGGUUCCGAUUGCUAUGUGAUGAGACCAGUAUAUCAUUACAAGGGAGUGAUGCUAAAUAUGUUGUGUAGAAAUGAUCCCAAAAUUGUGCAUUGUGCAUAUUUUCUAGCUGUGUAUUCUCUAACCAAAACUCCAAAUGCAUUUUCAUAAUAAAUCAAAAUACUAUUUAAGUAUACAUAUGUGCACUCUUAAGCACAGAGAAGCCAGGUCUACUGAAAUCAGUGAGACUUGCCAACUAAAUGUUUUAAGUCAACAGCACUCAAAAAUUCCUCUGUGAACUCUAUUCAAUCCGUUGGUUACAAAAAUUCUAGAGUGCAUGGUUCUUUUUAUUUUGCAGGAAAGUCAUUGUGAACAAAAUUGAGUGCAUACCCUAAAAUAUGUCCAACUCUCCCCCUCUUGGUGUGUAUCACAGAAGAAAGAUAAUUGCAUUUCUCUUUUUUCAGAAACUUGGUAGUAUUUGCCCAGCAAUACUGAUUGAUCAUAUGAUUCCUGAUAAACGUCUAUUAAUCUGAAAACUAAUUUAAAUUGCCAUAAAUGUAUUGUGUUCUGUGUACUUUUAGAACAUUGCUGAAGAAACAUUCCCAUUAACUGAGCUUGCAGAUAGACUUAACAUUCAUGAUGUUCAUUUUUCUGUAAGCUAAAUAUACAUUUAUUACACAUACCAUGUUUCCUGAAAAUAAGACAGGGUCUUAAAUUAAUUUUUGCUCCAAAAAACACAUUAGGGCUUAUU